CCCAAUUUCCGCGCUUAAAAAUACUCCAAUCCCAAGGGGUUGAAAUUGGCUGUAUUAUCCAUCAACUCCGCAACCAAUGAUCCGACGACGAGUUCUACUCUGAUUGGAAAGGGAGGGAAAAUCCCAUUAUCUUACUUGCCCCCCAAAAUGGCCACCCAUCCAACCCUCCAAUAUAACAAUAGCUACUUUUUGCUGCAUCACUCGACGCCGCCAAGUUCGCCAAAGUUACAGCCUCUGGCUCUGUUCCCCGGGAAAACCCACUACAGGACGCCAUCCUUGAACUUGCAGAGCGGGAGCUGCAGUAAUGGGCGGCGGAGAAGGAGUAGUCCUCUCGCGCUGGCGGUGUCUGCAGCGGCCGGAAAUGUGGCCUGGUGGGACGCUUGGAAGCCCGACGACAAAUCCCCUUCUGUUCCCCUCAGCGACAUCUUUUGGCCUUCUGCAGGGGCAUUUGCGGCAAUGGCGAUACUAGGGAAGGUGGAUCAAAUGAUCGCGCCCAAAGGGGUAACAAUCACCAUUGCUCCAUUUGGCGCCGUCUGCGCCGUCCUCUUUACCGCUCCUUCAUCUCCCGCCGCCAGGAAGUACAACAUGUUCAUGGCCCAAAUCGGCUGCGCCGCAAUCGGGGUUCUGGCGUACACGUUCCUCGGCCCGGGAUGGCUAGCGAGGAGUAGUGCGCUGGCUGCCUCCAUUGCUUUCAUGAUCUACACCAGAUCCACCCAUCCACCUGCGGCUAGCUUGCCCCUUCUCUUCAUCGAUGGGGUGAAACUCCAUAGCUUGAAUUACUGGUAUGCUCUGUUUCCUGGUGCAGCUGGCUGCCUCAUCCUCUGUUUCAUUGUAAGUCGGGCUAGCCAUUCUUGCACAGCUCUUUGUCAUACUGGCUUUGUAGACAAAGCAACAUUUCCCGUGUCCUUUACUUUGUGUGUUGCAGAUACUCUACUGAAAACAGGAGUGUCUUCUUUGAUUUUGCAGCAAGAGAUUGUGAGCUACCUGAAGGAGAAGGUGAAGUUCUGAAUGUGCAAUGAUUAGGCGGGGGGAUAAUUUUUGGUUGGAUGAUUCAUAAAGACUCCAAUCGUAACACUACUGGGUCAAACUGAAAGCCAGGAAACCAAUUUGUUAUAAAGCAUCUCAAACAACAAUUGAAUCCAUGGGUUUAACAGUUAAGCACUGGUCUAGCGUUGUAAAUCAGCCAUUAUUAUUGAGGAUCGUCAUGAUGUGAAUACAAGACAUCUCGAUGUAAUGUUUUGAUAUUAUAUUGAAAUAUAAUUCGUUUUAGUAACUCAACAUGUUGAGAGAUAUUUAGAUAAUGGUUUCGUGUAAUUUUCUUUACAUGUGCUCCGAAUAAUUUAAAUUCUUGUUUCGUCUUUUUAUUGGACAUACAUCAACCUUUGUAAUUAGUUUUGGGAGAUGGUGUUGAGCAUAUUAGGAUCA